AUGUCAACCGACAUCGCUUUCUCGCUCGGAGUGCUGGCAUUGCUCGGCACACGAGCGCCGCUGUCUCUGAAGGUUUUUCUGACCGCGUUCGCCAUCGUGGACGACAUAGGCGCAAUUACUGUUAUAGCGAUCUUCUUCACUGAGACAAUCAACUGGGUAAAUCUGGGAGUCGGUGUAGGGUUGCUAUUCCUGUUGGUCGCGCUAAAUGUAUCCGGCGUUCGCAACACCCUUGUGUAUUUUCUGGUAAGCGUAGUCAUCUGGGUCUCCUUCUUCGAGUCCGGCAUUCACGCCACCGUCUCCGGUGUACUCAUCGCAAUGACCAUUCCUAUGCGAGUCCGCAUUGAUCCUGAGCAGUUUGUUGCACGUGGCAGGACACUGAUGGACCUCUUUGAGCGCGAAGGCUCAGGCGGCGCUCGUCGCGAGACGCAGCGAGGCGUACUUGAGGAAUUAGAGGAUGCGUCUAAGGAGGUCGAGUCGCCACUUCAGCGCCUUGAACAUGUCCUGCAUCCGUGGGUAGCGUUCGCAAUUAUGCCCGUCUUCGCCCUCUCGAACGCAGGUGUAUCUCUGGGCGAAGGCGCCGCAGGAGCGCUUGCUUCUCCUGUCACGGUUGGCAUAAUUGUCGGACUUGUUAUCGGCAAGCCAAUUGGCAUAAUUCUAUUCGCGUGGAUUGCGGUCAAAACGGGGAUUGCAUCGCUCCCAAGAGAUAUUAGCUGGGUGCAGAUUGCAGGGGCCGCGCUGCUCGGAGGCGUCGGCUUUACGAUGGCUAUUUUCGUAACCGGAUUGGCAUUCACUGACGAGGCGCUGGUUUUGCAAUCCAAAUUGGCUAUUCUCAUCGCUUCGCUGGCUGCCGGCGCGCUUGGAUACCUCUUGAUCAGAUACAGCCGGGAUAUUGAAAGUAGAUUGGAGUAA